AUGGAUUUUGGAGAACGAAAUUCAGAGAAAGGGGAGAGCGAGCAUGAUAGCAGAUUGGGUGGUGAGUGUCCGGUGGCGCGGCAGAGGAGGGUGUGUGAUUUUAUUGGUUUUUGGUUUGCUUGGUUCGGUAGAAGCUAUAAUGGUGCAAGAGAAGUGCUGUCUGCUACUGUGGAUUUCACUUUGUUUUGUCUAGUAGAAAUACUGGUUACCGGAUGUUCAAUAGCCACCGUUGGUUUCUACGGUAAUCCACCGGUGGAGCAGCAUCAACAAUACAUCACGCGGCAUCCAGAAACAACAACGAACCUGGUGCAACUCCUUCAAGCUCACUAUUGUGCCACGUGUCCGUAUCUUAAAACCCAUGACCGCACACAGCCACAACACAACUUAAGCAACUACGACCCCGCACGACGGCCAAUUAAAUCCUUCCACGGCGUAUCGGCGAAUUUUCCUCUCCGAUCACCGGCGGCUAGGGUUCCAAGGAGUAUCUGUCCCAGGCUCGAAGCUCAAACGUCGCUGUCAGAAUCUGCUAGCUUAGAGCCUCGUCCUCCAUUAAUGAAAAGCUUUCAUUUUCACAGCAUUUAA